GUACCGGUGACGUUGGAGGACAUCGUGGUGCGCUUCAGCCAGCAGGAGUGGGCCAUCCUGGACGAUGGGCAGAAGGAGCUGUACCGGAACGUCAUGGAGGGCAACUACGAGACGCUGGUGUCCCUGU